AUGUUCAUUCAGAAGGCAUUUGUUGCACUUGUUGGGGUGGCUGCGGCGGUCCACGCUCUCCCAAACGGAGCAGACAAAGCAGAGCGUGGUGUUGAGCAGUACGGACCAGUUUUUCGACGCGGCGCAGAAGAAGGCGGCCUCUAUCGGUUCGAAAUUGUGAAGGAGUAUAUUGCCCCUGGAGAUCUGCUUGCUCGCUCCUCUGCGCCAUAUUACCACGGUUCCGACAGUGACCAAAAGAUUACAGACGAGACUAUUGCGUUCUUCAAAGAAAGCGGCAUCACACAUGUGAUUAGCCUUAAUAGUCAAGCCAAUGCCGAGGAUAUGAAGACGGCUCUUGCGACAGCCGGUAUUGCCUACACACCACGACCAGUCGAAGAUUUUCACACCCUCACUCCAGAGGACUUCCAGAAGGGCUGGGAGAGUUUUGUCCAACAUCGCAACGGUACACUGGUCUGGUGCGGCUACGGGCAUGGUCGGACCGGGACUAUGGUUUCCGGCCUGCAGAUGCAAGCGCAGCACGAGAGAGGCGAGUCUCUAGAAUGGACCGCUGGUGACUACGGAAAAAACCACGUCGAAACACCAGAGCAGGAGGCGGCUCUUGAUGCACUGCAGCAGAGGCUCAGAGAUGCACCAGUCUCGGCUGCUCCUGCGCAGCCCUCCGCAAGCAAGCCACUCGGCCCGAAAGAGAUGGAGACUGCGCUUUGCUCAACCUCGGCAGGCCAGAACAAGUACAACAUGGAGGAGGACGAAUGCCGUCGACAAGUUGCGCAAUGUGUAUUCGAGAUAGUGCAAGCCACUAAUUUCGAUCCAGUGAUUGCUUGCAUGGACAAGAAGUUCCUGCCAGCUGCAACCACUGCCGCUGCUCGGCCCAUCUUUACAUAA